AUGGUGAUUGAGUUGCGUCGCCACUUUACGAUUCGAGGCAAAGAUAAGUAUUAUGAAUAUUGCACAACUAUGGACUUCGCGCCGUACCAGUCUUCGCCGCCCGAACAUUCUCGCGUGACAUCGCCCGACUGCAACACAUUUUCUCCUCGACAAUCAUACGAUGCGGUUAUCAGCCGACCAUUUUCGCCGGCAAAUGCUCGCAGCCCGCCACCGCUCCAGCACCCACAGCCGCAGCGUACAUGGGCAGGUCUGGACGGAUCAACAGUUGGAUGGCCUGGUGGUGUCCGUAGAGGGGCUGACGCGCCGAGCUUGCAUCCAGCAGCCGAGCUCAGCGAGUUUGACACAAGCCUAGGUCUACGGCUGGAUUAUGAAGCUUGCCUGGCUUAUUUGGCUUUGCCGCCUCUCGGUGCCAUCAUUCUACUCAUCGUCGAGAGAAAUAGCGACUAUGUUCGAUUCCAUGCUUGGCAAUCAGCGGUGCUGUUCACGGCCAUGCUUGUUUUCCACCUGAUAAUCUCUUGGUCAUUAUUCCUUAGCUGGCUAGUUUUUCUUUGUGAUAUUGUCCUUAUUGCUUUGCUCACGUUGAGAGCGUAUAAUGAUGCGAAAGUAUUAGACAGAUACGAAGUGCCAUUUGUUGGGAGAAUAGCGAGUCGCAUUCUCGAUGACGAAUAA